AUUGUAGUCAGCGCAGCAGCCAUAAUAGUGCAUCGUAAAAAGUGAUUGUGUAGCAAAAAUAGUGCAUUUUCUAGUUUCAUCUUUUAUGAAAAGAUAUAACAAUAAAGUAUUUAUAGAGUAAUAACAAAAUUAUACAUAAACAAUUAUCCGCGCUUCUGGGCUUCGAUGCGAGCGAUUUAAAUAAGAGAUACUGUAUAUUUUUGCAACGUCCGUGAUUUCGUGAUAACGCCUUAUACUAGCUAAGAAUUAAAGUACUUCAUAUAUAAUUUUUAUACUCGUAGACGCUCAAAACGUUCUUGUGGUAAUGGUAACAGUGCUCAUUUUUGGAUUUAUUCAGGAGAAACAUGUCUAAAACCAUCAACGCGUAUAGGAUCAAAAAGAUAGAAAGCUUAGGCAAGAUGACCGCAAUGACCCAAGAGGAGAUCGUAGCCGCCGUCAAGACCGUUGCCCAGGGGUUAGAUGCCCUCCGGGCCGAGCACGCCGGCAUCCUCCACGGGCUGCACGAGGCCCCCGACCCGGUCGUCACCGAGAGGGCGGGCCUGGUGCAGCAGAGUGCCGAGAUGAUCGAGUUGGGUCUUGGAGAAGCGCAGGUCAUCAUGGCUCUCGCUUCACACUUGCAACUGGUGGAGGCGGAAAAACAGAAGCUUCGCACCCAAGUACGUAGGUUAUGUCAGGAAAAUGCGUGGCUGAGAGACGAACUGGCUUCCACGCAACAGAGGCUGCAGGCUAGCGAACAGACCGUAGCGCAGUUAGAAGAAGAAAAGAGACAUUUGGAAUUCAUGAGUUCAGUAAGCAAAUACGAUCAAGACAUCAAUGAAGACAAUAGCUCGGAGCAUUCCAGGAACGAAAAGCCGGACCCUGUUGUCGACCUCUUCCCCGACGACGACAAUGACGACAGACACAGUAAGUACAUGUCGCCGACGCCACCCAAUCAGUUACAGUUGUCGCAGCAAGUGAAUGCCGGUUAUGAGAUUCCUGCGCGUCUUCGCACGUUACACAAUUUAGUCAUACAGUAUGCUUCGCAAGGUCGAUACGAAGUGGCUGUUCCGUUGUGCAAACAGGCCCUUGAAGAUUUAGAGAAGACCAGCGGUCACGACCAUCCCGACGUCGCCACCAUGUUGAACAUUUUGGCGUUGGUCUACAGAGAUCAAAACAAAUACAAGGAGGCAGCGAAUCUUCUGAACGACGCUUUAGCUAUCAGAGAAAAAACCCUAGGAGAGAAUCACCCGGCCGUAGCCGCAACAUUAAACAACUUAGCCGUACUUUACGGGAAACGUGGCAAAUACAAGGAAGCGGAACCCCUCUGCAAAAGAGCUCUCGAUAUCAGAGAAAAAGUCCUGGGUAGGGAGCACCCCGACGUUGCCAAACAGUUGAAUAACCUUGCUUUGCUAUGUCAAAACCAAGGUAAAUACGAGGAAGUAGAGAAAUAUUACCAAAGGGCGUUGGAAAUUUACGAGAAAAGGUUGGGCGCUGAUGAUCCCAACGUCAGCAAGACCAUGAACAACCUGGCUUCUUGUUAUUUGAAGCAAGGCAAAUACAAGGAAGCUGAAGUACUCUACAAACAGAUCCUCAACAGGGCGCACGAGCGUGAAUUUGGAACGAUUGACGGGGACAACAAACCUAUCUGGCAAGUGGCGGAAGAGCGGGAGGAGAACAAGGCGAAGAACAGGGAGAACGCUCCCUAUGGGGAGUACGGCGGAUGGCAUAAGGCUGCUAAGGUGGAUUCUCCUACCGUCACCACCACAUUGAAGAAUUUGGGGGCUCUGUACAGGAGACAGGGCAAAUAUGAGGCAGCGGAAACUUUGGAGGAUUGCGCCUUAAGGAGCAGGAAGGAGCAUGUGCAACAAGCCUUAGAUAUAGUGAAACAUUCAAAAGUAGCCAAUUUGUUGGGUGAUGAUAGACGCAAAUCAGCGAGUAUUAAAGAAAAGUCAAGAAGAGGCUCUAGGGAGUCCCUGGAUAUGUCCUAUGAUGGCGAAGAGAACGAAUCACGAAGAGGAAGGCCAUGAAGUUCUGAAAAAAUCAAAUAAAAAUAUAGGUUAUACUUCUUUAUGGUAUUUAUAAUUAUCACUUACGUGAUGAAAUUUGUAUUUUUACAUAGAGUGGCUAGAACAAUAUUAAGAUGGUUAUUCCCAGAGUUCUACAAAUAACAGCCUCGCUCCUUUGGAAAACCCCUUAAUAGUCAUUAGUUUUCACCGCAUGUCAUAAUCCCAAUCAUUUUCAAACCGUAACCGUUCGUAGCAAGAAACUUUCAAUUUUUUUUUUCUAAUUCCUUUCAGGACAAAUAUCCCUGACGGAAUGCACUUAGCUUUUUAAUAUUUUUCCAAUAUAGUGUGCACCUUUUUACGUUUUUUAAUUAUUCCAGCAGUGGGUAAUUUGAAUGGUAAAACCGAUGAGAAAUACUAUAAAGAAGUACAAAAUUGUUGUGAGCAAAGCUAGUUGGUGAUGGUAGCUAUUAAUUUUGUUACUGAAAACUUUGCGAAAUUGUGCUGUAAAUUGGAUAAAUGGAAAAUAUAUAUCAAUUAGCUUAUAUUACAACAAUGUAGACCUGUCUUUGAAUUUGAUAUUACUUAAAAAUCAAAAGCAGAAUGUGAAAAAAUCAAAUAUAAAAUGUAAUCGAUCGAGGGUAACAAAUUCAAAAUUAUCUUGUCCUUUUAGUUUUUUUUAAAAACACGAUUUUCAUUAUUUAAAAAAAUAUAUAAUAUUACCCCUAAUUGGUAGAUAAAUCAGCAAAAUAUGCAGAACAUUUAACAAAAUAUAAUCAAAAUUGAGAUAACACAAAUACAGGCUGUUACGAAAUAUUUGA